AAAUUCAGACAUUUCAUUUCUUGCAGUUCAUGAUGGAGGAUGGAGUCCUGUUCGAGACAGUGAUACUGAUUCAGGUCUACAAGGCAGAGUUCUGAGUUUCCCCAAUGAAGCAAAAGGCAGUUUUGUGAUCAUAUCCCCAAUGCAGCCUUUGAAUCUGAUGGAAUUCACACUCUGUAUGAGGGUUGCAGUAGAGUAUUUAGAUGAACACAGAAUAAUUCUCUUUUCCUACCAUUCUCAAAGUGAUGAAUUGAGAGUCUUGCGUGAAGCAAUGGGCCACUUUGGUUUACACAUGGGGGGUCGGAGUGUGAGGUUUGCCCUUCCUGAUCUCAGCACUUUGGGGAGCCACAUCUGUGUCACCUGGGAGUCAGCAUUUGGCCUUACAGCCUUUUGGAUGAAUGGAAAAAGUAGUAUCCGAAAAGUGCAUAAUAUGGGACACAUUCUCCAAGCAGGUGGCACAGCAAUGCUUGGACGGGAUCAAGGUGCACAAAAUAUGCCUGAUCAGCAAAAGCCACAUUUUGUGGGAGAAAUAUCAGAUCUCUACAUGUGGGAUUAUGUACUGAAAUCUCAUGAUAUAGAGAAAGUUUUGCAGGCCCAUGAAUUUCCCAGGGGAAACAUCUUUGACUGGAAAAUAUUGUCAUAUAAAAUUAUAGGUAAUGUGAUGGUAUUGCCUAAGGGCUAAUAAUUCUGUGUGUAUACAUAAAUAUGUAUGAAAAUACUGUCCUAUUAUGUUGGGCAGCAAGCAAAUAAAAUUAUUAGUAUGAAAUCUAAGAUGUUGAAACAUAACUAGUGAGCAUUUUGUUCUUAGUUUGUAA